UGAAUAUGGGAUGUUUACCUCAAGUUUUGUCGCCGCCUAUGUCGCAACAUGUAGUUGGGUUCGAUCGAAAACGAAAGGGCGGGUAUCGAGGGUUUGGGAAAUACGCGUUAUUGGACACUCGAGCAGAUGAGGGCGAACAGUCUUAAAGUGAUUGUUGUUGUUGCUGUUGCCGCAGUACCAUGUAUUGCAUUUUCGCUUACUCGCUCCCUGGCGCUGGGCUGGCCCUUACAAUCCGCCAUGUGGAACACCGCGAUCAUCCCCGUGGAUCACCGCCACCGCCACAACUUGUUCGGCACAAACCAGUGCCACUUGGACCACAUGCAUCAACAUUCUGCGGUGGCACAUCUGAGAGUGAUCGUGGCGACGCUGGCGGUGCUGCGGUGUUUGGAUUCCUGCUUGCCGUUGUCAUGGGCAUGACGAUGGUGAUGGCGGUGCUGGUUUCGGCUGAUGGGGGUCGUGCCAUUGGUGGUUUAGGUGGCAGGGGUGACGUGCGCAUAUCACCGCCACCACCUGGACCAUCACCCCACCAUCAUCGCCAGCGCCAUGAUCAGCAUUCUGCCAUGUAGUCGUGGCGCUGACGGCCCAAGCGUUGGCGGCGGCGUCGUUUGCGGCGGCGGCGGCGGAAGACCGCCCCGCCAGCUGGGGCAGGGCAGCGUGAGUCAAGAUGAUGGGACAGGCCUUGGAUAGUACAUCGUGAGGUAGAAUUGAC